UUUGUUUUAAAGAGAAAAGAGUAAAAGAAAAACAAUGGAGGUUGAUCUAUCUCCAAAGUUGGCAAAGAAGGUGUACGGAGACAAUGGAGGGUCAUACCAUGCUUGGUCUCCAUCUGAGCUUCCCAUGCUUCGUGAAGGGAAUAUUGGUGCUGCUAAGUUGGCCCUUGAGAAGAAUGGUUUUGCUCUUCCUUGUUAUUCUGAUUCUUCCAAGGUUGCUUUUGUACUCCAAGGAAAUGGUGUAGCUGGAAUUGUGCUUCCUGAAUCAGAAGAGAAAGUUCUUGCAAUUAAGAAGGGUGAUGCCAUUGCCCUUCCUUUUGGUGCGGUUACAUGGUGGUACAACAAAGAGGACACUGAGUUAGUCGUUCUUUUCUUGGGAGACACUUCAAAAGCACACAGAGCUGGUGAGUUUACUGAUUUUUUCCUGACGGGUUCCAAUGGGAUCUUCACUGGGUUCUCUACUGAAGUUGUGAGCCGAGCGUGUGACUUAGAUGAGAAUGCUGUGAAGGCCUUUGUUGGAAACCAAUCAGGCAAUGGAAUUGUCAAGCUUGAUGAGAACUUUGAAAUGCCUGAGCCAAAGAAGGAACAUCGAUUUGGUAUGGCAUUCAAUUGUGAGGAGGCUCCAUUAGACGUGGACAUUAAGAAAGGUGGAAGGGUUGUGCUAUUGAACACUAAUGUUCUUCCUAUGCUUGGUGAAGCUGGGCUUGGGGGUGACCUUAUUAGGUUGGAUGGAAGUGCCAUGUGCUCUCCUGGAUAUUCUUGUGACUCGGCAUUGCAGGUGACUUAUAUUGUUAGGGGUAGUGGCCGUGUUCAGGUUGUCGGCGUUGAUGGCCGUAGGGUCUUGGAAUCAACUCUUAAGGCGGGUAAUUUGUUCAUCGUGCCAAGGUUUUUUGUUGUAUCAAAGAUUGCCUCUCCUGAGGGUAUGGAUUGGUUCACUGUCAUCACCAGCCCCAAGAGUCCGACAUUCACCCAAUUAGCUGGAAGGACUUCUGUAUGGAAGGCUCUAUCUCCUUCGGUGCUCCAGGUUUCAUUCGAUGUGGAUGCCGAUACAGAGAAGCUUUUCCGCUCAAAGAGGACUUCUGAGGCCAUUUUCUUCCCUCCACCGAAUUGA